CAACUCUAAACUAACAUGGCAGUCAGACUGUGUGAUGUGGCUUCUCUGCUUAGAAGUGGUUCGUGGGCAGCAGAGCCUUGGACUGGGCAGGUAAUUGCUGCCAUGGAAACACAAUUGUCUAAUGGACCAACCUGCAAUAACACAGCCCAUGGUUCAACUACCAUAAACAAUUGCUCAUCACCAGUUGAUUCUGGGAACACAGAAGACAGCAAGACCAACUUAAUAGUCAACUACCUUCCACAGAACAUGACACAGGAGGAACUAAAGAGUCUCUUUGGCAGCAUUGGUGAGAUAGAAUCCUGCAAGCUUGUCCGGGACAAAAUAACAGGUCAGAGCUUGGGUUAUGGUUUUGUGAACUACGCUGACCCCAAGGAUGCCGAAAAAGCUAUCAACACUCUGAAUGGAUUGAGACUUCAAACUAAAACCAUAAAAGUUUCCUAUGCACGACCAAGUUCUGCUUCUAUCAGAGACGCAAAUUUGUACGUUAGUGGACUUCCAAAAACAAUGACCCAGAAAGAACUGGAACAGCUCUUUUCCCAGUAUGGACGCAUUAUUACUUCCCGUAUUCUGGUUGACCAAGUCACUGGGGUAUCAAGGGGCGUGGGCUUUAUCCGAUUUGACAAGCGAAUUGAAGCAGAAGAAGCUAUCAAGGGCUUGAAUGGCCAGAAACCUCCAGGUGCCACAGAGCCCAUCACUGUAAAGUUUGCUAACAAUCCAAGCCAAAAAACCAAUCAGGCCAUCCUUUCCCAGCUAUAUCAUUCUCCAAACAGAAGGUAUCCAGCACCUAUAGCUCAGCAGGCUCAACGUUUUAGGUUGGACAAUCUGAUCAACAUGGCUUAUGGAGUAAAGAGUAGGUUUCCUCCAAUGACCAUUGAUGGAAUGACCAGUUUGGCUGGAAUUAACAUCCCUGGACAUGCAGGAACUGGAUGGUGCAUUUUUGUGUACAACUUGGCCCCUGAUGCUGAUGAGAGUAUCCUCUGGCAAAUGUUUGGACCCUUUGGAGCGGUAACCAACGUGAAAGUCAUCCGUGACUUUAACACCAACAAGUGCAAAGGUUUUGGAUUUGUGACUAUGACAAACUAUGAUGAGGCAGCUAUGGCAAUAGCCAGCCUGAAUGGAUACCGUCUCGGGGACAGAGUAUUGCAGGUCUCCUUCAAAACAAACAAAACGCACAAAGCCUAA